AUUCAUCCGUAUUUGGGUGUACGAUGCAAUUUGCUCAUUUUAUUUGUCAUACAAAGAAGGACAUCUUAGUAAUUUGAUCAAAAACCCCAACUCAAGUACUCAACUCGCUGCUCGCCGAACCGCAUAUCAUUCUCCUCUGCCAACGCUCCGCUCAAUCAGGACCAUUGGAUAUGACGAUGGAUGCUCAAAUGCAAGAUGCAGUAUCCCCUCCUCAAGUUAAAGCAACAUUUCGCCUUGGAUCAGAAACACACUCUGUUGAGGUAUGUAAAGGGAUUUUAUCUGAGCAGUUGAUAUCUAUGAAAGAGCAAAGCAUGACUGUAUUGAAGGACUAUAUCACCAAGCAUAAUGUUCCAAAUGAGGUCCCUGAUGAACCAGAAGAAUUUUCUUCAGAAGAUGAUGGUGAAAUUCCCGAGCAGCCCCCUGUAAAAUCCAAGAAGCGCAAGGGGAAGAUGGUCUUUUGAUAAGCAAUUUACCCAAUAAGCCGCAGUGAAGCCAGCAACACCAGAAGAGAGAUGUAUAACAAAGCCUCCUGCAAAAUCAAUCACUCCUAGCUUGGACAGCCAACCAUCUGGGCACCAAAUACUAAACGCCCCAAUCGUGUAUGAAAAAGUAUGCCACAGAGGCACGAACAACAUCCAUGCUAUAAAAUUCAUCCUCCCAAGAAGUGCCCCAGCGAUCAAUAUUGGCGUAAUGGCUGCAAAAACGAACUGAAAGAAAACCAUUGUUGCCGUGGGGAAGUAUCCCAAAAAUGCUGGUCUAAGAAGGUACUUCUCGUCCAAGGCGACGGAUGGUUUUCCCCAGAAGGCCACAAGCUUGUCACCGAAUGACAUUCGGUAGCCCCAUCCAACCCAACAUAUGAGAACGGAAGCAAAGGCAUAGAGUGCCAUGAAUGCUGAAUUAAUUGCCCAUUUCUUCUUUACCAUGCCACCAUAGAGGAUGACUAAGCCGGGCACACACUGGAGCCCGACUAGAGUGGCAGCCGUGAGCUGCCACGCGUUGUCACCUUUGUUCAUCCAUUCCGGACUUGCCUCAUCUGGUGAUAGAUUUGAGGGAAGUUCCAUUACUGACUCCGUCUCCUAUGCAAGAUAUACGUGAUUCGAUUGUCAAUAUGAAAGGUUACUUGAUUUAAAGUUUUGAGGGGAGCAAAACAAAGGUUGAGUUUUGAGAAUUCAUAUAAUAUGACAUCAAUUUGCUCGGGAUUGAGACGUAAUUAUUAUUAUGACAAAGCAUCAAUAAGCAGGACAAUCUAAAGUUAUACUCAGGUAGUGUUUAAAAACUGGUAGUAGUAUAUUUUUCUUAAUUAACUGCCAUUUGCAAUAAGGAUUUAGAAUAUGAUAGAGAUAGUGACUGUCUAAUUGGAACAAUAUAUGUGUGUUUGUGUCUUUUCUCCAAGAAAGAAUGUCAUUGCCGGCUUGGGCAGCUAGUUGGCCUGCCUGCUCUUGAGAGUGUUUCACUACGUAUAAUUCAACAAAUAUUGAUGAACCCUGCUGUCUAAUAAUACAAGUGAAUCUUGAAUUUUGACGA